CUCUAACUCUGCUCUCCUUUUGUUUGGCAGUUCCUUUGUGACUGGAACAGCUUGUUGUGGGCACUUCUCACCUCUGAGAAUCUGGGACCUCAACAGUGGGCAGCUGGUCACACACCUGGGCAGUGACUUUCCCCCAGGGGCUGGGGUGCUGGAUGUCAUGUAUGAGUCCCCUUCGACACUGCUGUCCUGCGGUUAUGACACCUAUGUUCGUUAUUGGGACCUCCGUACAAGUACCCGGAAAUGUGUCAUGGAGUGGGAGGAGCCUCACGACAGUACCUUCUACUGCCUACAGACAGAUGGCAACCACCUGCUGGCCACAGGCUCCUCCUACUAUGGUCUCGUGCGGCUGUGGGACCGGCGCCAGCGGGCUUGCCUGCAUGCCUUCCCCCUGACGUCGACUCCACUCAGCAGUCCUGUGUACUGCCUGCGCUUCACCACCAGGCAUCUCUAUGCAGCGCUGUCCUACAACCUCCACGGCCUAGACUUUCAAAACCCGUGACAGACCUCCCCUGCCUAUGGGCUGGGCAAGCCAGCUACUCAGGGACCUCUCUUGCCUGGCAGGUGAAGUGAUACCUCACUCCUCUUCCCAGCCCUGCUAAGCUCCUAGGUCUCUGGCCACUAAGCCCUGGCACCUGAAGCACUGAGUCCUGGACACUGGGGCUGACUCUGACACAGGCCCUCCUGUGCUCUUAGGAGAAUGUACCUGAACUUAGGUGUUUACAGUGGGGUCAAGCCUGCCCCCAGCCCUGCACAGCACCACUGCAGCCUACAGAGUGGCGAGGGCUCUCACCAUCUCAGACAGACAGAGCUGUGCAGGAGCCAGAGCCUCUGCUGGUCCCAGCCUCCUCCUCAGUCAGAUUGUAACUUUCCAACACCUUGGAGCUGGGGGCUUGUAUCUGAGUACUGGUCUGGUUUUGCUUUGAACUAAGAAAGGACAAAGGAAACCUGUCAGUUUGGGGUUCUGGGCUAGCUGCUCCCCAGGCCAGCUGUGAGAAACGUUACCAUUUUAAUUUUUAUAAAAAUAAAAUUUAAUUGUUCACAAAUCUGGUUCUUUGGUGGUUAGGUCAUUCUAAGAGGCUCCAUCCAGAAAGGCAGAAUAUCACAUUUAAAUUCAGGAAUGUGUACAGGGGGAGGGCAAAAACAUGGCCUGUGUCCCCAAGAACAAAAAGGUUUCUUCUACCUCUUCGGGGUGUAGACAAGGAACUGUUGGAGGCCUCUAGGAUGCUGAGCUAUGGUGACCUUUCACUUCUGUCCCACCAUACACACGCCUUUGACAAUACUGUAAUUAUGUUCUUUUAACUAUAGUGUCUUAACGUUCUGUGCUGUUUCCAAGAUAGCUGAAUUUUUAAACUUCCCUUUUACCCACACUUGCCUCAGAGGAGUUUUUCCUGAGCCACUCGCAUAAGGCCAGCCAGCACAUGGGAGAUUACAAGAUGCCCAGCCCUGUUCCCACUCUUCUGCCCCUUUAGCUG